AUGAAGAAAACGGGAAAGAAAACCAAGCCGACGGUGGCGGAUCUUCUGAAAACACCGUCUCCGGUGGCUUCUCCGGCGGAGGAUUCCCCGAAAUCGGCGAUUUUCACGAGAGCGGCUUCCACCUCCAAGGCCGCGAAGAGAGUUCCUCUCCCCACCAGCACUUCUCCGCCUCGCAGCCACAGGGCUCCGAGCAACAUCUCCGACCUCAGGAACUUCGCCUCUUCCGGUGUCGACGAUCUCAAGCGCCGCAUCGAUCGCUCUCACUCCGAGAUUCUGAAGGAUCUCGAGGCUUCUCACUCGCGAAUCCACAAACGCUUCAAGAUGCAGACUCAAGCAUAUCAGCAAGUAAUGGAUGAAGCGGAGAAGGAAUACAAAAAGGUUUCUGAACGGAUAACGGAAAGCCGAGAUGCAAUGAAGGCUUCUUAUGAAGAAUUCAUAGCAGAAGCACAGGCCAGUGCAUCUCGUGCAUGCAAAACUUCUAUCGUUGAGCUUUCACAGUCGUUUGAGAAGGCAAUUGACUCUCUUCGAAACCGUUACGGAGUUUCAUCAAAUUAGCCAUCUGUAGCUAGGUAGAUGCUCACGGAUUGCUUUAAGGUAAGUAUUAUUUCUUUUGUGUCUCUCACAGUUUAUGGGAAUAUUACACACUGUUGCUCCAAUUUCAUUCAUCCAGCCAUUGAGUUGAACAAAUAUUAAAUAAUGAUUUCUC